UGAAACAGAAACAAACCCAAAUCCAGGCCCAACAGCUGAAGCGGACACGCCCUUGUGCCCCGUCUUCCUCCUUGGGGGUCUCUUCCACGGGCAAAGCCCGCCUGAUGAAGAGCAAAUCCGCCAAGAAGGCCGCCGACGAGGAUGAGGCCAAGUCCAAGAAGAUCCGAUCCUCGCGCGGCAAGCGUCGGAGUGUCCGCCACAGCCGCAGCCGCUCCCCUUCCCCCGACGGCUCCAGCUCCAGUUCCCCACCCCGCAAGCGCUCCAAGAAGCCCACCAAGAAGAUUGUUGACAAGAGGAGCAAAAAGAGCAAGGGCAGUGGCAGCCGCCGCGGACGCCGCCGCAGCCUGAGUCCAAGCCGUAGCCCCAGCGGUAGCCCUUCCUCGGUGUCCAGGAGUCACCCCCGCCGCAGCCACCAUAGCAUUAGCAGCAGCAGUGCCUCAGACUCUGAGAGGUCAGUGAGCCCACUGCCCAAGAGCCACUCCAAAGAUCCUAGGAAGAAGAAAGGAAGGGGGAGGGACAAGGAUCGAAAGAGGAGGCGUGUACGGAGAUCAAGGAGCUACUCGAGCAGUCCAGCCAGGAGUGGCAGUAGCCGGAGCAGGAGCAGGAGCAGGAGCAAGAGCAAAAGUAGGAAGCGGAGGGCGGACGGCACGAGACAUGAUGCAAGUAGGGACAGGGUUGUACAGGACUAUGACAACUGCCAGGAUCCGCAGAAUGAGAAGAGAUCUGUUGAGGAUGUUUAUAGCGAUGAGGACGCGGUUGCUGACGAUUAUGAGAAGAAUGUGGAGCUGAAGGAGAUGGAAAGCCCACCUUCCAAGGAUGCUCAUGAACCGGGUGAGAUCUUACCUGUUAAUUGUGAAAGCCCAGAGGUUGAGGAGGAUUUGGAGCUCAUUCUCAGGCAGAAAGCUCUUGAGAACUUCAGGAAGUUUAAGGGAGCCAUGGCCAUGGUAGGCAAGACAGAAAACAAUGGUACAGGGAAGGAAGUACUAACAGAUAGCCCCCAGAAUACUGUCACAAAAUUUCCUGAAGCAAGGUCUGCUGUUGCCCCUUUUCAGAGGCAGGGAAGCAAUCUUGGAGUUGGCCACUCUACUCGAUCACCUGAAUUUGAAGAUUUUGAGAACGGUAGAAGUCCUUGGAAGCAGGAAACGACUCACAGGGAUAGAUCACCUGGAAUACUCGAGGCUGGUGAUACUUGUGGUCCUACUCAACAGCUGGGAAGCGGACUAGAAGAGAUACGUUCAACUUCUCAUAUCACUUCACAUGAUGGUAGGAAUGGUGGUAGUGUAAUGCAAAGGUUGGGAAGCACCCCGGCGAGUUCUGGUAUUAUAAAGCAAAGGUUAGGCAUCAGCUCAGUGGUGAGUCCUGUGCAAGCAAGACCCAGAGUUAGAUCAGUUGUGAGUAUACCCUCCAGGGAAGGGCUUGAUGACAGUACAUUUACAACAAUCCCUACAGCUUGUGAGAAUCCUGCCUCUGUCGAAAGCAGUAGUGAAGUAAGACAUUUUCCUGCUGAAAUAAACAAGCUUGAAGGAAUCGAUGGAGAUGAUAGAAAGAUUGGUGAAGCUUCAGUUCCUGAGAGCUCUGUUUUGUCGACUGACGCGGGCAAGAGCCAGGCAGCAGGGACCGAGGACAAAGAUGCGUCUCAGUUUGAGAAGAGGACUUUCUCUAGGAUGCAUGAUGGAGAGACAGUGCAGGUCAGCUACAAAGUCUACAUACCAGCGACAAGCCCGCGACUUGCAAGGAGGAAGCUCCAGCGCUGAAGGCAUCGAAUGGACUUACAUCUAGUCGUCAUUAAUCCCGUUGUCUACAGUUCAGUUAUAUAGCUGGAUAAACUGUAUUUUGUUCCUGUAGCACUUGAACUCCCUUUUGUUCCUUCUAGAAAUCCUGCACGACUAAUAGAAAACCUGCUCACGUCGUGACUACAUCUUACUGCUCGAUAGUAGCACACUUGGACAGAAGCUGUGAUGGCUUAACAUGAUACAACCGUUGUUUAUUUUUUGGGCAACUAUACAUCGUUGUUGAGCUGAAAUAUAGAUGGCUGUGCUUUGCCAAAUGAA